AUGGCACAGCCAAGCUACAUUCCUUUAACUAAUCUUGUUUCAGUGAUAGGUCCUCAUUAUUGUGUUCCUUAUCCGAUUGAUCUAGCAAUCACUAGAAAACUUCUGGCCCUCACUGAUGGUAACUUUGUAGUUACAGAUGUUAAUGGAAACAUCAUGUUUAAAGUAAAAGUUCGCAUAACAUUUCUUCGUGAACGCCAAUUGCUUACUGAUGCAGCUGGGAAUCCCAUUGUUACCCUACGACCGAAGAUUAUGAGCGCACACAGCAGGUGGCAAGUCUUUAGGGGGAAUAGCAAAGACCCUGCAGAUCUGCUCUUUACUGCUAAAACAUCUUCAAUUUUCCAACUGAGGACCAGAUUGAAUGUGUACUUAGCACAUAACACGACAGAGGAGGUGUGUGAUUUCAAGGUCGAAGGAAGCUGGCUUGAGAGAUCUUGUGUCAUUUAUGCUGGAGAUUCUUCGACGGUUGUUGCCCAAAUGCAUCAAAGAUACUCCGCUGAAAGCAUCUUGCUUGGAAAGGACAAGUUCAUGGUGACUGUGUAUCCUAACAUUGAUUAUGCCUUCAUUGUCUCCCUCAUCGUGAUUCUUGACGAUAUCAACAGUGAGGACGGUAGUUGA